UUUCCCCAUUCGCCAUAUUGAGCCAAGUCACAACCAAAAUGCGUUCCUUGCAUACAUGUUCUGUACUUUGUUAAGUGGAGAAAUACGAUCAUGUCAUAUCUACAAACAACAUUUAUACAAACAUGUAUGUUCACAAAAAGACUAACUUACAGGCAGCUGUCAUAUUUCAGAAGAAAUUUUCAUUGUGUUAUCAAACCUGAUUUUAGAUUUGUAUGUUUUACAUUUGGGAACCAGAGAAGUAUUCAUAUACAUAAAAAUAAAGUCUCAUCAAAGAAGGAAACUGACGAAUGUAACCAAAGACUUUCACAGUCUGCAGCAUAUUUUAAAGAUGAAAACAAGUUUGGAAGAUAUCAGGUCAAACAAAAGCCGAGAGGAACCAACAGCUUCAGUCAUAAGGGAAAAGAAAAAUACAAAUUACAUAAUAGGAUCUUGUCAGAGGGUUGCAUUGAAGAUGAUAAGCAAAUGGUGGAAUCAGUAAAGAACUUGCCUAUUGAAGACCAGUUUGGAAACUUGACAGAAGAAAAAAUAGAGAGUUAUGAAAAUGAUAAUUUAAAUGUUGAAAGAGAUCCAAAUAAAAUUAGUAUUCAAAAGGAAAGAUGGCAUAUUGAUACAAGUGAUAGGCAAUUUGAUAAAAUUACCAAACAGAGACAAAGGAUACAGAAAUACCCUUCCGAUUCUGAAGUUGACAACAGAUUGAAUUUCAGCAAAAAUGAUAGAAAAUGGAGAAAUACAUUUGGUACCUUAAGUAAUGAAGUUGAUGAUAGUAAACAAGAAAAAUUUGAUGAAACAUUUGAUGAGAAAGACAUGAAACCUCACAUUAGAUUAACUAGUAAAGGUAGACGUAAUGAUCCAGAUUGGUAUGGGAAGAAAAUAGAGGAAUAUGGAAAGCAGGGAAAGGUUAAAGAAGCUAUAAGAGUUCUUGAUGUUUGGAUGUUGAAACAUGAUAGAGUAAUGCCAAACAACUUUGUGAUGUCUCAGAUUUUGUCAGUUCUUGCCAAAGCUGGGUAUACAAAGAAAGCUUUUCAAGUCUAUAACCAGAUGAAAAAGCUUGGGAUUAUACCAAAUGAUUACAUCUACUCUGCUCUAUUUAAUGCCUGUGCUAACUCUCCAUGGCCUGAGGAUGGUUUACAGAGAGCCAACACCCUCUUACAAGACAUGGCUGUUAAAGACAUCACACCUAACACAGUCACAUACCACUCUAUGAUCAAAGCUUUUGCUUUCUGUGGUGAUGCAAGGACAGCUUUCCUCUUGGCAGAUAAAUUAACAAGCAUAGAGAAAAUAUCUCCAAAAGGUUUCAGCCAUUUACUGAUGGCAGCUAUAGCUGAUAAAAAAGCUGGCUUCUGGUACGCAGUUCAGAUUUGGAGAUGGAUGUUGAUAAAACGUGUGCAGCCUGAUCUUAAGUUAUACAACUUAAUGUUACGUGUGAUAAAAGAUUGUGAGAUCAGCGAUCCUAAACUGACCAAGCUGUUGUUAUCACCGAUAAAUCCUGCUGCAACAUUAAAACUAUUAAAGGGAGAGAAGUCAGGAAAAACAGAAGAAUAUUUACACAAAAGAGACAUCUUGUCCCUUCCAUAUACAGAAAGUGCAGACAGGAAAGGAAGUGAACUAGACAACACUUUUCCUAAAUCAGAAAGCUGCAGCUUUAAUUUACAGCUAAAUGAAAGUCCAGAUACACUUAUAAUGAGAGAUCAAGAGAGUCAAAAUUCAUCUGAUAUUGUUGCAGAAUCCACUUCAAAUAAAAAAGUUCCAACUGUAAAAUUACCAAAUGUUUUGAAACCUAAUGAAGAUUUUUCCCAUAUUAUCUCAGUAAAUAAUCUAUAUUCGCCGCCUGAUAGGUUUGCCAUGGUUGGUGGGAUGAUGGGAUAUUUAUCAGAUAUGGAAAAAUACAAUGUGACACCAAAUGUGGAAACAUUUGAUCAAAUGUUAUCACUCAUCAGUCCAGAGGAAGAGCAGACAAUGCUUGAUGUUAUGAAAAAUAAAGGAGUCAAACUAGAUAUAGAUCUCCUAACAAAUUUAAUGUACAAAAGAUGUAAAUCUAUGGAUUAUUCAACAGCAAAGGAAGUCUUAAAGGUGAUAGCCUCUAAUAAGCUUGUACCAAACAUGAGAACAUACAGCGUACUGGCAAUGACCUGUGUGACCUUGAAAGAUGGUAAAGAACUACUACAGAAUAUACGGGAUGCUGGGAUUACUCCAAAUAUAACAGUUUAUGGAGCACUUGUACGUAGAAGUCAUCACAAUUUUUACUAUAAAAAGAUUUUAUUGAAAGAAAUGGAAGAGGAGGGCUUGAAACCAAAUACUAAAAUAUUACAGACAAUAGAAUUUCAGCUUAAGAAGGCCAGAAAUAGAAUAUUAGAAAAGGAAAAGGCCAAAGAAUAUAAUACUGAGGAAUAUAAGAGAUUUGAUGCUAAUUAUGAAGAUUUUAAAAAGUUCUACCAAUCAUGGCUUCAUAGAAUGGAUUUGGAUGUACCUGAACAUCCUUGGACAUCUUUUAGAGAAAAGAAAAUGGUAGAAACAAAAUGAAAGCAUUAUGUUUAAGCAAUAGAUUUUGAGAAACUUAGUGUGAAUUGCUAAUUUGAGAAGUAAAUUGAUCCACAAGUCAAAGAAAUAGGUUGUUUUAUGUCUG